GACAUGCAUCCCAUGAGGCAAACGACAACAUGGCGUAUGAGAUGAUUCAGAACGGAGAUAAAGCAUACACAUCUCUCAAACUUGGUCCAUCCCACUCAUCCAUCAUUGCUCCUGAAAACGUGACGUUUUUCACCAGACUCGGUUCAAUCGGACGGGGGGACUUCGGCGGGGUAUGGAAGGGAGAACUCCGCUCGAAUCUAAGUCAAGUAGACGUCGCUAUCAGGCAUAUUCCAGAUCAAGUGACCAAAUCAAAGAACGUUCUUCGAGCUGUCAAGGUCCUUUCUGAGAUACCGGAUCACCCGAAUGUUGUCAAGUGCCUCGGAUAUUGUCAAGAACAAGGGAGCAUUCUGUAUGAGUUCAUCUCUGGGGGUACGCUACUCACCCAUCUACAGACUUCAGGGGUGCAAUCCCAACCCACAUACGGCAAUCUCAAACCAAAGAGCGUUCGUUUCGAUGAAGGUAGUCUACUAAACCUGGCUUUGCAAAUUGCAAAAGGGAUGCAGUAUCUUGCAUCAAAGAAGAUCCUCCAUGGAACUCUUUGCGCUCACAAUGUGUUACUAGCUGAUAGAAAGCAAUGCAAGCUAUCAGAUUAUGGACUAUCUUCAUCAUUGUUUAGUGGCAGAGGUAAACCAACAAGAUGGAGUUCACCUGAAACCAUGAAUAAUGGUGACCAAUCAACAGAAGAUGAUAGCUGGUCUUUUGGUAUCGUCUUGUGGGAGAUUGUGACAUUAGGUACAAUUUUUUUUCAAAGUUAA